GCUCGGCUUUAUCACGGUUAUACAUCGUGAUCGUGGGUUAGACUGUGCAAAAUUGUAUACAUAGAUUUUUAAAAGAGAAAUGAAUAACUAACUAUAAGAUGUUAUAUAAUUUAUGCAAGUUUCUAUAAAAAAUAUUUUUACUUAGCAAAAUAUUCGAUGCUUGGCUUUUUUUAUAAAAAGAUAUGCAAGUGUAUUGUACACCAUUUAACUUGCCAUUUUUAGUAUUUAAAUAUAAAACGUUAAGGAACAUCUAUAGCAUUCAACAUUCUUUUUGACAUUAAAUAUUUAGGUAUAGAUAUAAAGAGUAUUUGAAUUCUUCUGUCUUAUUCUGUUGUUUGUUACAUGUAAUGUGAUCUGCUUUGAUGCCUUAUGUUGUACUUUAAAUUUUUAUUCUAAAUGUAUGAUUAAAGCGGUUAACACAAACAAUUAACAAUUAUGGCUACAAAUAAAAACGUCAUAGUACUUGUGCCAAAUGGUCGUCGACAAAAUGUUGGAGUAACUCCAAAUACAACAAUACUACAAAUUCUGGAAGAGGUGUGUCAAAAGCAUGGAUACAAUGUAGAUUCUUAUGACCUUAAACAUUUUAAUCAUGUAUUAGACCCUAAUGCUAUAUUACGAUUUACCGGAUUAGCAAAUAAUGCACAAUUAGAAAUGGUACCUUGUACAAAAAUACGUUCCGUUUCCAAUGUCACAAUAGGUAUACAGUUAGAAAAUGGGGAAAGAUUAAUGAGCGAAUUUACAUCUAAUGUAACAUUAGCUGAAAUUUUAAAGCAUGUAAAUUUUAAUGAAGAUUUGGAAAAAAUUAUUUUAAUUUACAUGCAUCGUGAGAUUUCUGGAGUAGAAGCUUUAAAAAAUACUACUCUGAAGUCAUUAGGACUCGUCAAUGGUAAAGCUGUAUUACGAUUAAUACAAAAACGACCUCAAAGCAUAGAUACUAAUGAAACAUCAGAAUGUAUGACUUCUACAGGAAAGCAAACACAGAAACUAGGAGAAUUAAAAACAUGUUCUCAGAACGAAGAGAGAAAAAUAAUGAAAAGAGAAUAUGAAAAUAAUAUAAUACCAUCCACUAGUACAGAUAACUAUACUGGAAACCAAAUUUUAUUGCAGCCAUGCAACAAACAUGAAACAGAUGAUUUAAAUAAUAUAGAAUUCUUAGGUGAAAGAAAUGCUUUGGUAUUCGAUCAAACUACAAUUCAACGAAAAUUUAGAGAUGAAUUACCAGAUGAUUUUUAUGAUCUAACAGUUGAUGAUGCAAAAAUAUUAUUAAGAGAUGCUAAACGUUAUAGAAAAGAAUUAGAAGAAGCACCUCUCCUAACAAAUAUUCAACGACAAUCCAAUCAAGAAAAGCGAAUAUUAAAUCAAUUAAAUAAAUAUCAUUAUACAAUUAUCCGUAUACAAUUUCCAGAUCAAUUUGUUCUGCAGGGUUUAUUUCAACCAAUGGAAACUGUUCAAGCAAUCAAAGAUUUUAUAAAAUGCUAUUUGAUUGAUGCAAAUAGUGACUUCAUAAUUUUUACUACGCCACCGAAACGUAGUUUGAACCCUAAUUCUCGCUUAGUUAAUGAAAAUUUAGUUCCUUGUGCUAUCGUUUAUUAUUCUGGGUCAUCAGCUCUUAAAUUGGAUGUAAAGGAAAAGUUUACAGAUCCUAAGAAAGUUGAACUGCAAGUAGCUAAUGUUAGGAAAUCAAUGCUAAAUAAAAAUGAGAAUAUAAAUAAUGAUACAAAUACUAGAUCGACAUUUAACACACCAACAAAUAAUGAAUCCGUAACUGAAAAAGGAAGUAAAAUUCCAAAGUGGUUAAAUCCAUCAUUUAAAUAAUUAAUGACCUUUGUUAUAGUCUGGCAGACUUUGGAAUAUUUUAGAGUAAAGUAUAAUGAUAUUUUAAUAUGUACAUACAUGACACACAUAGAUAUAUACAUUCAUGUAUUUCAUUUAAUAUUGUAAUUAAACAUACUUUUGUAUAAUAAAGACUGAAAAAAAACGAAAA